AUGUAUAUCCACCAAUAUCCAAAACGUUUGUUAUCUCGUAACAGUCGUGUUAUCUCGUAUCCAGUUGGAACUUGUAUGACUGAAUUGCAGUCGUUUGUAAUAGGUAUGUUAUGUUUCCAAAAAUAUAUGUAUUUUUCACUGUGAUGUAACAAAUAACUAUAUAAUUAAGAAUCAUAUGCGCUGAUGUAGUCGUAAAAUUAGUAAUAAUUAACUUACAGAUUGAAUUGGUUCUACAAUAUUGUUAUAGGUUUAUGCACGUCACCUGAAUUCACUUGAUUCUUCGUGAUCAGCUAGUGCUGUCGUCGCCGACACUGAUGGUCGCUUCCUCUUGUGGUCGUUUAACGUCAUGAUCAAGAGGUCUAACGCAAAAGAAAUGUUCAUUAUACGCGCGUUGGAGAAAAUUCUCGGCGACAAGGACGUCAGAAAGUCCUACCAUGCUGAAUUGCGAAAAGAAUGCGAAGCUGCUUUACGUGAGCCAUUAUUGUAAUAUACAAAGAAACAUUCGUAAACGUUUCAUUUUUUUGUAGAGAGCAUAAAAUCGGAAUGCCAAGCCGAAGAGAAGACUGAUGCAUCGUCUGCCUUGCCACUUCCCAAAGAUGGUAGUUCGGCAAUAUCAGCAGAAAAAUACUUUAGACCGUUUGAAUUGGCUUGCCAAAGCAAGUCACCUAGAAUCGUUGUCACUUCAUUAGACUGUUUGCAAGUAAGUAAAACUUAUACCAUUCAGUGUUCUUUAAUUAAUAUUAAUAAUAAUAAAUCUUUAUUGCAACAAUAGAUGUAUACAUUAUAUACAAAAUAUGAAUUAAAAAUUGCAGCACUCCCUAUAAGCAAAGCUUGUGCUGGGGAUAUGGUUCUUAUCACUAGAGUAAAUAAACAAUUUAAUAUGUUGAAUUAAACAAAACAUAUAAAUAAAAUAACAUACCUAUAAUAAAUAAUGCAUACAUAGAACAACAUUUUAUAUAUCUAUGAACCAAAACAGAAUAAAGAAAUUAUAAUAAGUGUUGAUAUAUUAACAAUAAGAAAAAAGUUUUAAGUGUAAGAGACUAAUAUUACAAAUUAGAUAAAUAUUGAUGUUUUACAUAUUUCUUAGAAACAAAUACAUUUUCAAAAUUUUUUGUAUUGAUAUUUAGCGAACGACAUAAGUUCAAACCUGUAUAUAGUAUAAUUUUUUGACCAAAAAUUUUAAGAUUACGCAAAAGUAUUUUAAUAUUUUGCUUAUAUCUGGUAUUGUGCUUGUGGUUUUUAGAAGUAAUUACAUAUCUAUGUUAUAAAAAACAGUUAGAACUGAUAAAUUAUAAAUACAUUUUAAUUGUUUUACUUUAAUCAUAUUAUAAACCAAUGUGGUGCUAGUUAUCAUAAGAAGGUUAAGCAAGAAUUUAAUAAUACUAUUAAUAGUAACAAUAAGUCUAGACAAAACAUUAUUUGGGGCACCUCCUCAAAUCAAUAUACCAUAGGAAUUCACUGAUUGAAUUAAUUAAAGCUAGAAAAAUAGUUAUUUUACAAAAAAAUAUCAAAUACGAAUCUAGCUUCUUUAAAAAAGAAAAAGAAUUUACAUAGAAUAUUAUUAACAUAAUUAAUAUAACUUUCCCACUAUAAUCAAUAAUAUCCCAAGGUAUUUUAUUUUUUUAUGCUUUUUUAAGUAUACUACAUUUAGGACUACAAGUUGUAUUCAAAUUACGAUUAAAUUGUAACGAAUGAACUAUAAAAUUAUUUUUAAUUGAGCAGUUUGAUGUUCAAUGUUUGAAGCAGAUAUAUUUUGAUUUAAUUAAAUUAAAUUUUAAUUUAUUUUUACAAAACCAAGCAUAAAUAGUAUCCAAUAUAUUAUUGGCUGAGUUAAAUAAUAUAUCAACUGUUAAUUCAGAUACUAAAAUAGCUGUAUCAUCAGCAUAGCUUAAUAAUUCAGCCAUUGAAUUCAUAUUAAGUUUUAAGAGGUCAUUUAUAAAAAUAAUAAAUAACAAAGGACCUAAUACAGUGGCUUGCAAUAUUUCACAUGAUACAUUUAGAUCAUCAUUAGAAAAAUCAUUACAUUUAACUCAUUUAAGUAAUACCAUUCAAAAAAGAUCUAAAAAUAUUUAGUGCUACUCCACAUAUUCCAGAAUUUUCUAAUUUUAUUAAUAAAAGUUUGUGAUUUACACAAUCAAAUGCUUUAUACACAUUUAAAAAAAAUACCCAUAACCUUUAAAUUAUCAUUCAAAUUUUUCCUAAUGAAGUUAUUAACCUUGAAUAGAGCGUUGUAUGUAGACAAACCAGUUUUAAAGCCAAAUUGUGAUUUACGAAAAAAUCAAGAACUUUAAUUUUGAUACAUUUUUCUAAAACUUAAGACAAAGUUAUCAAUAAUGAUAUGGGUUGGUAUUGUCGCAUAAAAAUUUAUCUCCAGCUUUGAAUAAGGUUUCACUACACAUUUGUUAAAGGUUUCAGGAUACUUACCAGUUGCUAAUGAUUUAUUAAAAAUAAUAGAUAAGGGCAAAAAAUAUAUUUUGAAACACCUUUUUAGUAUAUAAUUUGUCAGAUCAUUUUCAAAAUAAGAAUUAUGAUUUUUAAGUUAUCAAGAAGUUUAACAAUUUCAUCCUUAUCAAUUUGUUUUAGAAAUAUACUAUCUUUAACACAUUAUAGUUGUCAUUAGGUAAAAAUGUAUUUGGGCAUAAAUACUCUAUUUCUAAUAAUACCAGCUUUAUUUUUAUCUUAUUAAUUUUUAUUUCAAUGUGACUUGGUUUACUAAUUACUUCGUUUAUUAUAAUUCUAAAUUAAUUUAGUAUCAGACUGGGCAUGCUGUAAUCUAUUUUUAUAAUAUAUAAUUGCUUAGAUUGUACUAGUUUAUUUAGUAAAUUUUUAUACAAAUUGUAAUUUUGUUUUAAUUAUAUGUCAAAAGACCUGAAUGUUAGUUUAGUAAAUAGUUUUUCCCUAUUCUAGUAAAGGUUAUAAUACCAGUAGUAAUUCAAUCUUUAAUUUUAUGUAUCUUUUUUGAUUUGAAAAUCUUAUAUUUAUAAAUAGAUGAUUCGGUAAUAAACUCUUUUAUUUUAGAGUUUUAACUUCUAUCAUAUUAUCUACAUUAUUGAAAUUCAAACAUGAAUACCAAUUUUUAAUUUUAAUUAACAUUUCUAAGUGGUUAAUGUUUAUCUUAUUUGGUAUUAAAUUAUUAUGAGUAAUUAUUUUAUUAUUGUUAACAUUCAAUAUAAUCAAAAUUGGGGCAUAAUGGUCAGUUAUAUCACACCUUAAUAUAUUUGAAAUAACUAUAUUGGAAUCAAUAUUUAUAAUAAAAAUAAAUGGUUAUAACUAAUGAUUUCAGAAACUCAUUGCAUACGGUCAUUUGACAGGUAAUUGUACCAAUGACACGGGUAAGCCACUUAUUGAUAAAAUCGUUGAAACUAUUUGUGAUUGUUUCACGGGACAGCAGACUGACGAAGGAAUAUUAUUACAAAUUAUUAAAGUAAACAAAUAUUUAUCUUUUUUUUUUUAACUGAUUAAUUUAAUUAUGUUGUAUUUCAAUCUAGGCUCUAUUAACAGUAGUAACAAGUCAACAUGUUGAAGUGCACGAAGCGACAAUUUUAAAAGCUGUAAAAACAUGUUAUAAUAUCUAUUUAGCAAGUCGAAACUUGGUGAAUCAGACGACAGCACGAGCAACACUUACACAAAUGUUAAAUGUAAUCUUUACUCGUAUGGAAAUGCAAGCAAUGGAGGCAGAGGUAGUGUCUAAAGAUGAAACUGAAAUGGUAGAAUUGUGUGAAGUCGACGAAACAGUUCACAGCGAUGAUUCUAGUAAUCAGGAAGUUAUCGAUGAGAGUAUUAUUAAUGACAUUGUCAAUGAAAUAUGUGAUUCCGCUGUACGAAGUCUCGACUGUGAAAUAAAGACAAAAGAAUUAGCACAAGAUAUCAUAAGGUCAAUGUCCCAGGUAAGUUGUUUAUUUAAAAAUAAUCUAAUAAUUAAUAAACAGGAACAUUUAUUAUAAUUAUUAUAUUUUCUGUAGGAAAGUUUAGAAACUCCAAAUGAAACUGAAUGUAAAACAGUAACAGCUUUUAAUCAUAUAUUACAAAAAGAUGCUUUUUUAGUUUUCCGUUCAUUGUGUAAACUGUCAAUGAAACCACUGCCAGAUGGAACACCCGAUCCUAAGUAAGUCUGAAGGUAAUUUUAUGUAUUUAUACUUGUAUUCAAAUUUUAAAACAAUUUGAUAAAUUUUUAGAUCACAUGAAUUACGUUCAAAAAUUUUAUCUUUACACCUUUUAUUGUCAAUCUUACAAAAUGCUGGACCUGUAUUUCGCACUAAUCCAAUGUUUAUCACGGCCAUCAAACAGUUCUUGUGUGUGGCUUUGUCUAAUAACGGCACUUCGUCUGUACCUGAAGUUUUUGAACUGUCAUUGGCUAUAUUUUUAUCAUUGCUAUCGAGAUUUAAAACACAUUUAAAAAUGCAAAUCGAGGUGAGAAUUAAAUAGUUUUGGUAAUUUGUAAUAACCAGAAUUAUUAUAAAUAAUUGUUUAUUUUAGGUAUUCUUCAAAGAAAUAUUUUUGAAUAUUUUGGAAACUUCUAGUUCAACUUUUGAACACAAAUGGAUGGUUAUUCAAGCAUUAACACGUAUAUGCGCUGAUGCACAAAGUGUUGUAGAUAUGUAUGUCAAUUAUGAUUGUGAUUUGUCUGCAGCAAAUCUCUUUCAAAGGUAAUCGAUAAAACAUCCUUUAGAGUUUAUAUUUAUCAUAUUUUUGUGUUGUUAUAUUUCAGGUUAGUCGAUGAUCUUUCAAAAAUAGCUCAAGGUCGUCAAGCAAUAGAAUUGGGUGCAACACCAAAUCAAGAAAAAUCUAUGCGUAUUCGUGGACUCGAAUGUUUGGUCUCAAUAUUAAAAUGUAUGGUCGAAUGGAGUAAAGAUUUAUAUGUUAAUCCUAAUUCCCAAACUAAUCUCGGACCAGAAAGAAAUGUACGUGAAUAUGAUGCAAAUGAGUCUGCUGUAACUCAGGACAGUCUUAACUCGUUUGAUGGCAGUGAAUCAAGUUUAACGUCAAAUAGUUCUGGUAAUAAAGAAGCUCCGGAUAUGCCUCAGCAACUACAAGUUUUGAAACACCAGAAAGAAGUUUGGGAGACUGGCAUUCUUAUGUGAGUAGUUUAAAUCAAAUAAAAUAAAAUAAUUUAUUAAAUAUUUAUGUUUUAGGUUUAACCGCAAACCUAAACACGGUAUAAAUUUUCUCCAAGAACAAAAGCUUCUCGGUACUAGCCCAUCAGAUAUUGCAGAAUGGUUUCAUAUUGAUGAAAGAUUAGAUAAAACUGCUAUUGGAGAUUUUCUCGGAGAAAAUGAAGAUUUUAAUAAAGAAGUAAGUACAGAAACUAUGAGUUUUAUUAUUAGUUAGCUAAAAAUUACAAGAUAUUUGAAAAUGUCUUAAUGUUCAUUUUUCUUCAAUUUAAUUGAUAAGAAAUAAUUUUUUUCAUGUAAAUCACACAAUUUAAUAAAACAAAUUUAUAUUAAAAUCUUAAUAAUUUUUUAGGUUAUGUAUUACUAUGUAGAUCAAAUGAAUUUUGUUGGCAAAGAUGUUGUUUCAGCAUUGCGAUUUUUUCUCGAUGGUUUCCGAUUACCGGGUGAAGCUCAAAAAAUCGAUAGAUUAUUAGAGAAAUUUGCUAGCAGAUGGUUUGAAUGCAAUCCAAAGUAAUUUAUUUAAAAUUUACAUUCUUUAAUAAUAAUUGUAAAAUUAAACUAACAAACCAAAUAUAUAUUGAAUAUAGUUAAAUAUUAGUUAUAUACAUAAUGUGUUUUACAGUAAUGGACUAUUUGAUAGUGCCGAUACUUUGUACGUACUUUCCUACUCUAUUAUAAUGUUAACUACGGAUUUACAUUCCCCACAAGUCAAAACUAAAAUGACCAAAGAGCAAUAUAUAAAAAUGAAUAGAGGUAGUUGUAUAUCAGACAAUAAGGAUUUACCCGAAGAAUAUUUGAGUAAAAUAUAUGAUGACAUUGCUGGUCAUGAAAUCAAAAUGAAAUCAACUGUGAAACCUGGAAAACAAUGUGAGUUUUAUAAAAAUAUGUAUAUUUUUUUACUUUUAUCCUAUGUAAGUAUGAUCAGGACCUAUUUGUAUGCAAUUUUAAUAAAACAAAUCUGCUAUUAGUAAUACCAAAUGAAAAGAGACGUAAAGUAUUAUGGAACAUGGAAAUGGAAGCAAUAGCAGUUGCAGCUAAAAAUCUUAUGGAGUCAGUUAGCCAUGUUCGAGCGCCAUUUACUGAAGCUAAACAUUUAGAACACGUUAAACCCAUGUUUAAGGUCCGAUUUCAUUAACAUUUGUUGUGUCUUAACUUAAAUAAUAAUGAUUUGUUUUUAGAUGACUUGGACGCCUUUUUUAGCAGCAUUCAGUGUUGGUCUUCAAGAUUGUGACGAUCUGGAAAUUGCCAUGUUAUGUUUAGAUGGCAUACGAUGUGCCAUCAGAAUAGCUUGUAUCUUUCACAUGACUGUGAGUAAUUCUAAACAAAUUUCAUUUAUAAAAAAUAAACAUUUCAUGUAAUUGUUUUAGUUGGAAAGAGAUGCCUAUGUGCAAGCAUUAGCUCGUUUUACUUUAUUGACUGCUAAUUCACCAGUUACCGAGAUGAAAGCUAAAAAUAUUGAGACUAUAAAAACAUUAAUAACUGUCGCAUACACUGAUGGAAAUUAUCUUGGUACUUCAUGGCUUGAUAUAAUCAAGUGUAUAUCUCAAUUAGAACUAGCUCAGAUGGUGGGCACUGGAGUUAGACCACAAUUUUUAUCACAGGUUAUAAGCAAAACAUAUCCUCCUAUUGAAGCUCUUAGCCAAAAAUUAAACUUCACUACAUUAGAUAGUAAGUUUUAUAUAAUUUACUAUGUUUUUUUAUAACAUGUUUAUUAUUAUAUGUUUAUAUAUUGGGAUCCUUUAGGUGGUGGAAAAGGGUCAAUUGGAGAAACAAGUAGUCAAAGUGUUGUAGUAGCUGUUGAUCGCAUAUUUACUGGUUCUACUCGACUCGAUGGCGAUGCUAUUGUUGAAUUUGUCAAAGCAUUGUGUCAAGUAUGUAGAUUUUUGUUUUCAAAAUAUAAUUAACUUUUCAAAUUAAUUUCUUCUAUAUAGGUAUCUAUUAACGAAUUAGCUAAUUCAUCACAUCCUAGAAUGUUUAGUUUGCAAAAAAUCGUAGAAAUAUCCUAUUAUAAUAUGGGGCGUAUUCGUCUACAGUGGUCUCGUAUGUGGCAAGUGCUUGGUGAACACUUUAAUCGUGUAGGAUGUUAUCCAAAUGAAGAUAUUGCAACAUUUGCUCUCGACUCAUUGCGGCAGUUGUCUAUGAAAUUCAUUGAGAAAGGAGAAUUUGCUAAUUUUAAAUUCCAAAAAGAUUUUUUGCGUCCUUUUGAAGUUAUCAUGAAAAAAAAUCAUUCACCGACCAUAAGAGACAUGGUGGUUAGAUGUAUUACUCAAAUGGUCAAUUCACAAGCGGCAAAUAUUAGAUCUGGAUGGAAAAACAUAUUUGGUGUAUUUCAUUUGGCUGCUUCCGACCACGAUGGUGCUAUUGUUGACAUGUCAUUUCGUACAACACAACAUGUUAUUAGUGAGUUUAAUUAUUAUUAAAUUUAAUUUCUCAAUCACAGAGUAAUAUAUAGAUUUUGUUGCUAUAGAAAAUUUGUUUCCAAAAUACAUGUUGCUACAUUAUAAAAAUAUCAUUACUUGUCAAACUACUUCAUAGUGAACUAUAAAGGAAUAAAGGAUUUUUGUGUGAAUCAUAAAUAAAAACUUAGUUUGAUAAUCAUAUUAAUUUUAUCAAUAUUCAUGCCGUCUAACAGACAAUUAGGAGUUUAAUGCCUCCUAUGCUUUACACUUUGAUGACUUGGGCUCAAUCUUAUCAACGUAAAUGUUGAUUUUUAAACAAAGUUUAUAAGAUAAUCAACCAAUAGUGGUCGGUUAUCUGGGAAUAUAAGCAGUUGUCAAAAAAUAGAUGAAAGAUUUUUUUCUGACUCAGUUUGAAUUAUAGCCAAUGUUGAAUAACAAAAUGUUUGUGUAGACUUUCAUUAUCAAAAAAAAAAAAGUAUUAAUAAUGCAUUUAUUGUUUGCUUUUUUUAUUUAUGUAUGUAUGUAUGUAUGUAUACAGUGUGUUGAUUUUCUUUUUAAAAUAAUAUAUAUAUUAUAAUUUUGUACAAUGGAGCAUUUGGUUGAUCACGAUUACAUGUUGCCAAGUUUUUAGGUUUAUAAAGAUUUAUAAAGCCAAAAUAUCUAGAAAUGUUUUUCUCAUUUAUCCGAGUAACGACCUUAAUUUACGAGUAUUUAAGAAUAAUAAUCAAUUUACUUUUUUACAGCAAGUAAUUGAUAUUAUUGAAUAUAUUGCAGGCUUCAUUGUUCGUAAACUAACAACUAAAUUAAUUUGUGAUGAUUGCACUAAAGUUUUAACUCUAACCCAUUCUGAAUCUAGAUCAUUAAUAACAAUAAAUAAAUAACCAAGGUGGAUUAACUAUUCACUAAUGACUACAUAAUUUAUUAUACAAGGUUUACGGGCAUUAAACGUUAAAUUAUUGCAUAGGCAAAUUAUUAUUAUUAUUAUUUUCGCUAGUAACAACCCUAAUAAAAAAAUUAUUGUAUCUCUAUCCUUAUCAAUUUUCUGACAAUUACCCUGUACCCUUAAACUCAAUUUAAGAAUCAGAUAAACACAUUUUUUACAUUAGUAAGAAUGGUCCUUAGUGGCGCUAUUAGGAUUUUUUGAACGGAGUUUCACAAUAUGUCCACAAAAAAAAAAAAAAAAACUAAUACGUUUUAAUAAAUUUAAUUCUUUAAACAUUGAUUGAAGAAGGUGAAGAGGAAAGAUGGUGUGCUGACUCCCUAACAUCCCACUAAAGUUUGUUACUGCUAUUGCUCUGUGGAGUAUAUCAUAAAUAGCGAAAAUAUUUAAUUCAAAUAUCUUACUAAAUCUUAAUAAAUAUAACAAUAAAAUAAAUAUUAAAAAAAUUGACACUAUUGCUUAUGGAUAAUCCACUUUUGUAGGUAGAUAUCAGGGAAGAUAAGAUGUAAAGAAUAAUUUAAUUUAUAUAAUUGAUGCAAUGAUAAAUCAUUGCAAAUAAAAAACGAUUCUGAGUCUAGUGAUAUUAGUCUUUCCCCCUCCUGCUCUAAUUUAAAUAUUAUAGAACAACUGAAUGGAACUUAGAUGAUUUUUGAAAUAAAGAACUAGAUGAAAAAUUUGCAUGACAUUCACUAGUUGAAUAAUUUGGAACCAUUUUACUAGCUGUUAAAUUGUUUUCAGAGAAAAAAAAAAACCAAAAAUGUACCUAGGGGUGAACUAUUGAAAAUAUCAAUAAAUGUUUCAAUAAAGUACAACCUGGCAAGAUAUUUAGUAAUGUUAAUGAGUGAAAACGGAAGAGAACUUUUAUUAAUUAAGUGUUUUAUUUUUUCUAAAUAAAAGAACUUCAAUUUUUUGGGAUAUAUAUUGGGAAUUACAAAAUAUUUUUUUAAAUAAAAUACCAUCAAAUAAAAACAUUUGUAUGAAAAUAGAACAUUAACUGUAAAAGUAAUUUCUAAAAAAGAAUGUGACAUCUUUGUAAAACUCUGUUUUUGUUAUACUUAAAAUCUAAAAAUAUGAAUACCUAGCUGGUUAUAUUCACAAAAUGUUGUUUAUGUUUUUUCACAUAUAUAGACUUAUUUUAUAAACAAAACUGUAUAAUUAUGAUGGAAUCAUUCCAAGACGCUGUGAAAUGUUUGUCAGAGUUUGCAUGUAAUGUUGGGUUUCCUGAAAUCAGUAUGGAAGCAAUUCACUUAUUGCGAACAUGUGCAGACUGUGUUCAUGAUAAACCUCAGGUGAGUAUAAUACUAGGUAAAAAAUCUUAUAUGUGUAUUUAUUUUUUUUAUUCAAGAUAUUUGCAGAACAUUUUUCUGAAGAACCAUCUUCUCUAGAAGAAGAUGGUGUCUGGGUACGAGGUUGGUUCCCAUUGUUAUUUGAAUUGUCUUGUAUUGUCAGUCGAUGUAAACUAGACAUUCGAACGCGAGCUUUGACAGUUCUUUUCGAGUUAAUUAAAACACACGGAACUGUGUUCAAAUUAAACUGGUGGAAAGACCUUUUUAAUGUACUUUUCCGUAUAUUUGACAAUGUCAAACAUCAGGAACAUAGUGUUGAGGUAAUAAUCGUAUAAUUAUAUUAUUUCUAUUUAUUCGUUUAAGUAUAUUACACAUUUUUUAGAGAAUUGAAUGGAUGACAAUUACGUGUAAUCAUGCACUUACAUCAAUCGUAGAUGUUUUUACACAGUACUUUGAUAUAUUGUGUCCCAUACUACUACAAGAUUUGUAUGCGCAACUACAGUGGUGUAUUCAACAAGGUACAUUAUCAGUUAAUUAAUUAUAAUAAUAAUAAUUUAUUAAUUUAUCAUUUUAUGAGUUACAGAUAAUGAUCAGUUAGCUCAGUCUAGCACAUAUUGUUUAGAAAAUUUGAUUACAUCCAACGGAUCAAAGUUUGAUAACAUGAACUGGGAUUGUACAUGUCAGACAAUUGUAUCAAUGUUUGACAGUAUGAUGCCAAAACCAUUACAGGAACAAAAUUCAAAGUCUGAGGUAUGUGUGUAGAUAAUAGCAAUAAUAAAACUCAGCAGGCCAUAAUUUAUUUAGUAAAUGAGUUUUACAUUUGUCUUUGUGUAAAUUGUAUUGUUAAAAUGAUGGCAUUUUAUUUUGCUGACAGCCUCUUAAACCAGAUGUUUUAAUAACUGCAAAAUGUGCAAUCCGCCUUGAAUUGAUUCGUACCGUGGAUAAUAUUGUGUUCUUUCCUUCUACAUCACGAAAAGAGGACCAGGAGUACUUGGCUUUGGCUCAAAAUACUACAAUUAAUCAGAACACUGAAAUAUUGGAACAGCAACAAGAAGAGCAAGGGAUGUACGGAAAUUUGAGUUCUGAACAUUUAUUGAUGUUAACAGACUGUUUGUUACGUGUUCACAAUUAUACUAAACAGUAUAACUACGCAGUGUUACAAAACAUUCCUCAACGUAGUUAUGGUUAGUUAACAUUUACUAUUCAUAUUUACAAUUUUAUUUUGAUAGUAGUGUAAAUAAUUUAUUUUUUAUAGUCAAUGACGACAUAUCAAAUAUGUUAACUCAAGAAACCCAGAGUGUGGCUUGUGUGUUGAGAAUAACACUAAAAGCUAUAUGCGAUGAGUCUCGGCGUGUACAUUGGACACACGCACAAAAUGUGGCUUGUACUGUUAUAAAUGAUUCGCUUCAGUAUUAUUUAUCGUUAAAUAAUCAUUACCACCGGACAUCUUGGAAUCCUAUUUUAUUGCUCAUAUUCACAAAAUUGUAUAAAUUGCCGGAAAACAAGGUACAUUUCAUUUAUUAUUUUCAUAUUUUUUUUAAACCAAAAUACCUUUUAUAAUAAUAAGUUUUAUUUAACAUAUUAUAAAAAAAAAAUUUUAAUUCAUUAUAGUUUGCGUGGCAGUCUUCUCGACACUAUCCUCUGUUAUGUGAAAUGAUCACUAUCGAUAUGAAACCAGAACUAAAAACAGUUCUCGGCAGAAUAUUUGCACGUAUUGGACCUGUUUUUAAAAUAACGCUGUAA